AACGAAGCGAACACAGGGCACUGUACGGAGUAUACAGAAGGAAGAAAAUGGAUAACAUCACAGCCAGUGAAAUAGCUGGUUUGGGAGUCGGUGUUCUGCUCCUUUCUGCCACCAUUGCUGCCCCCAAAAUCGAUGCUUUCUUCUCUUCUUCCCAGCGCAGUUCAUUAGGGAUGUGCAAGCGAUGUGGCAACAUCAGAAGAUUGGCUUGCUCUAGAUGCAAAGGAACCGGGUUCGUCAAAGAAGGAGGAUUAUUUGGUAUUAACCUAGUGGAUGAUUUGUAUGAAACAAUUGGUAAUCGCGAAUCAACGGUGAAGCAGAUAGCAUGUGUGAAAUGUCAAGCGAAAGGUUACUUUUCAUGUCCUGAUUGUUCUAAAGUAUAACCAUAGUUUUUAUCUUAUCUGCAUACAAAUAUUCUUGCUCACAUCAUUUAAUCAUGCCCUGUAACAUUGUGAUUCUAACCUCUUCAGAGAUGGUGGGUAUGUAAAAGCAGUUUGUCUUCUGCUCCUAAUAUAAAUAUGUGUUAUGCAUUGUUGCAAAAACAAAUAUAAUCAGAGUCCUGCUUGUGUUGUCAGGAUUCCUGUAAGUUUUGUGGUUACUUUCAUUUGAACUUCAUUAUUGAUCUUAAUUUGUUAAGUUCUUAGUUCUAGCA